AUGGUUCUCAAUCACAAAAUAAUGAACACAGGAAUUCUUUGGACUGCUUGGCAACAGAAAAUCGGUGAUCUAAGCUUCGUGGCUGCAAAUAUUGUUUCCUCAAGCAUACAGCCGCUUCAGAAUAUAGGUGUACUGAAGUAUAUUGGGAAAAAAGUUCCUCCUGAUGAGAAGCUUGUUUGGGUUCAGUAUCAUAUUGGCAAAGGCUUUGCAGAUGUUGAUAGCAUGGACAAACAACAGAUUAGUGACCAAGUGUGCAAUUGGCAGAUUUCCCUAUGGAAGGCAAUGGAUAUGAAUUUGCUGGAAAGUUUGGUUACUUCGACAAGAGAUGUCAAUUCUGAUAAGAUGGUCUCAGACUUGCAACUGAAAGCUUCCAUACAUCACAACAUUCUUCUCCGUGUAGCGCAUUCUAUUGCUGAGGCCCAAUUAAUGGAUAAUGCAUCUUUUGUUCUCUUGGAUAAGACAUUUGAUGAGUUUGCUAGCCUUUGGAUGAAUAUGAAAGUUGAAGUAAAGACCAAAGAAGAUCAUGAAGCUCGACAAUUCAAGUUCAAGCCUCGUGCAUUUAAGAUAGAGAACAUAAUGGAAAUUGACAUAUCAACUCUUGGUGGUUCAUUAGAAAAUGAGAUACUUUCAGAAUGGCAGGAAUUGCUUUCUGAUGAAAAAGUUGCUGAAAAGAAAGCUGAAGAGGAAGAUGAUACUCUGGAGGAGGAAUGGAACUUAAUGAAGGGCUCCAUCUUGAACAAUAUGGUGCACAUUCACAAUCAACUAUUUGGGUCCAUGGAUCUUGUUGAAACAGAGAAUCAGUGA